GCAUUUCUCGCCGCCCGCCGCUAGGAAGCCGGCCUCGCCUCGCUUUCUCCGCCUCCCCGCGCCCCAGCCGCGCCGCCGCCGCCGAGCCCGGCCCCGCUGCCGCCGCCGCCGCGAAUCGCAGCCCCUCCCCCGCCCGGCCCGCGGCCCGGCCCCUGCGGCCCGCGCGGAGCGGACGCGCGUGGCGCUGCCCGGUGGGACCGUCCGUGGAGCCGGUGCAGGAUGCCCCGGGGGUGUGGAUGACCCGCCGUCCAGCCCCAGCACGGCCCGGCCCGCAUGCCACUGCCCCGCGAGGACCGCUCUCCGAGGGCCGCCUGGACCCGAACCCACAGUCUCCAGACCCGGGGCCCUCGGCAGCCCCUUCCUGCCUGGCCGCCCAGGGCGGAGGAGGCGCAGGAGUGAGCUGCUCCCGGCUGCGGAGCAAGCAAACGCUGACGGCGGAAAGACCCUGGGGAAGGGGCUUUGUGGCCGCCUAGAAACAUUUUCCCCCAGCGGCUCCGCAAAAUGACCAGCCUGUUCCGGCGGAGCAGCAGCGGCAGCGGCGGGGGCGGCACCGCGGGUACGCGCGGGGGCGGGGGAGGCGCGGCCGCCCCCCAGGAGCUCAACAACAGCCGGCCGGCCCGCCAGGUGCGCCGCCUGGAGUUCAACCAGGCCAUGGACGACUUCAAGACCAUGUUCCCCAACAUGGAUUACGACAUCAUCGAAUGCGUGCUGCGCGCCAACAGUGGCGCGGUGGACGCCACCAUCGACCAGCUGCUGCAGAUGAACCUGGAGGGCGGGGGUGGCGGCGUCUACGAGGACAGUUCCGACUCCGAGGACAGCAUCCCCCCGGAGAUCUUGGAGAGGACUUUGGAACCCGACAGCUCAGAUGAAGAGCCCCCGCCUGUGUACUCCCCACCAGCCUACCACAUGCACAUGUUCGACCGGCCCUACCCUCUGGCUCCCCCGACUCCGCCUCCCCGGAUUGACGAGCUGGGCUCUGGAGCCCCUACAAGCCAGAGGCGCUAUCGGAACUGGAACCCACCGCUGCUGGGCAACCUCCCCGAUGACUUUCUCCGCAUCCUGCCCCAGCAGCUGGACAGCAUACAGGGUAAUGCUGGGGGCCCCAAGCAUGGGAGUGGAGAGGGAGGUCCGCCUGCCAUGGCCGGGCCAGGGCCCCGAGACCAGGAGAGCCGCUGGAAGCAGUAUCUGGAAGACGAGAGGAUCGCGCUUUUCCUGCAAAAUGAGGAGUUCAUGAAGGAGCUGCAGCGGAACCGCGACUUCCUCCUCGCCCUUGAGAGAGAUCGCUUGAAAUACGAAUCCCAGAAAUCUAAAUCCAGCAGCGUGUCUGUCGGAAACGACUUUGGCUUUCCCUCUCCUGUCCCAGGAACUGGCGAUGCCAACCCUGCUGUGUCUGAAGAUGCCUUAUUCAGGGACAAGCUGAAACACAUGGGAAAGUCCACCCGGAGGAAGCUGUUUGAACUUGCCCGAGCCUUCUCAGAGAAAACCAAAAUGAGGAAGUCAAAGAGGAAACACUUGUUGAGGCAUCAUUCGCUGGGGGCUGCCGCAUCAACAGCCAACCUCCUGGACGAUGUGGAGGGCCACGCAUGCGACGAAGACUUCCGGGGAAGGCGGCGGGAGGCACCCAAGGUGGAGGAAGGCCUGCAAGAAGGACAGUAAGAGAUGCCAGCAGCUCUUCCUUGCCAGAGACGAUCUGACCCGGUGGGGGCAGCUGGAGAGCAACACUGGCCCCCAGCUGAAGGGCCCAGCUGCAACCGGACAGAUGGUGCUUGAGAACCGAGGCCCAGCGAUCCUCCAGCCACAGUCCAGCCCAGCCACUGCCACUUUCCACGGAACUUAGAACUUCGGAGUUGCUGCCUUGCAAUUGGAGGAAGGACCUGGGGCCCCUAAAGGCAGCAGCAAGUUACAGCCCUUUUUGUAGCCAGGCAUUCCUAUGGUCAAUGAGUGAAAAUGCGGGAACAAACCUCCCUUAAAAAAAAAAAAAUCCAGAAAGCAGAUCAAAGUUGGAAUAUGGAAAAUGGCAAGAAGAUCCCACCAGAGGCUCUUCUGCCUGAAGGUGGAGUCCCUGCCUCCCUCCCUUCCCCAUUUCUCCUGUCACAGACGCUGCCUGAACCCCUGUUCCCAUCCUCAGCUCCCUCUGGGCACUUGUGCCCAUCCCUUCCAUGGCUUCCUGUAGCUCAUCCUUCCCCUGGGGCUGCUGGCCCAGCACACAAGCCCUGCACCCGGCCUGGGUGGGAGGUCCCUGGCCAGUCCCUCAGGCACUGUGAGGAGCUAUGGGGCUACUGCAGAGAGCAUCUGUCUGGGCUCAUCAGACUGCUGCGGUUAGGGAUGGGCAUGUCCCCAGCAGCUCCCUACUACCCAGCAGGGAUGGGGAAGGUGGCCACCCGGGAGCUGGAGGACUCUGAGGAGGCAGGGUCUUUAAUUUGGCAGCAGACAAAAGCCAGUUCUGGAGUCACACCACGGUGGGGCUCACAGGGGCUGUGACUCCCCAGCUGGACUGGAAGUCCUGCUGUCCGAGGGUGGGCAGCAGUGGCCCCGGAGUGACCCCUUGAGCAGGUGCAGGGCUGAAGAGCAAGGCCCAGAGGCUGCCAGCCUGAAUGGGAGCGCCUAGGGCCGAAGGGCUUGCUGGGUGCCCCUAAGAAGAGUGGGUGAUCUAAGGAGCAGAACUCCGGAUUCUAGGAACCUUUACAGGGCACCGACCACUGCCACGGGGAGGGAGGCUGCCCAGCCUGCCGCAGCGCCCUGGACAUGGGAGUGCGCUGACCUUCCGGAGAGCCGGGAAGCCUGGUCAGGCACAGGGCUUCAGCGCGGCUUUGGGAGGUUGGGAGUGGGAUCCGAUUCUUGGCAGGGCCCGGGUGGCCUCAGUGGCCUGAAGAUCACGAGGGCGUAGAAAAGGUGAGCCUGUGAUCUCACUUCAUCCCGCCCACCAGCCCGGACUCCCGAGGCCGAGCUUCCCCUUGCUGGGGAGGGCCAGGACACGCCGCUGCCGCCAAGCGUGACCAAGUUUAGAAACACGCACGGGGCAGGGGACGCUGGUUCAGGCGGCCCUGCCGAGGAGCAGCCACCCCCUCCGCUGCUUCCCACGCCAGGCCUGGGGCCCUGGAGGGAAGGGGAGGUCUCCGAGGAGCCCCUCAGGCGCCCAGCUUGAGUUCCCGACGGGUUUCUGAGCCUUCCCUGCGCCAGGACUGGGCGCACGGUGGGGGAAUCCCAAGCCCUAUGUCUGUGAGUGUUGCUUUAUUUUUUUCUCCAAUGUGUGGGUUUUUUCUUGGAGCUGUUUCAUAGGAAUUCCUGUAAUAAAGACUUGGUGUUCUCUUGGU